AUGCCAGCAGCGAUUCCGAACACUGUUGACAGGCUUGAUAAGCCGAGUGCUUAUUACCAGAGUAGAAACAAGAAACGCAAAUACGACCGAGAUGGCGACGAGGGAAGAGAGAACACGCCUGAGGAGCCGGCGGAGGACCCGCUGAAGGAUGCGGCAACUCUUUACGUAGGAAAUCUGUCCUUCUACACAACGGAAGAGCAGAUCCACGAACUGUUUUCUAAAUGUGGAGAGAUCAAGCGGUUGAUUAUGGGACUGGAUAGAUUCAACAAGACGCCGUGUGGUUUCUGUUUUGUGGAAUACUACACCCAUCAGGAUGCACUGGAUUGCAUGAAGUAUAUUGGGGGCACGAAGCUUGAUGAGAGGAUCAUUCGGACGGAUCUGGAUCCUGGAUUUAAGGAGGGAAGGCAGUAUGGAAGGGGAAAGUCUGGCGGCCAGGUGCGCGAUGAGUACCGGGAGGAGUAUGAUGAGGGGAGAGGUGGUCUUGGUCGUGCUAUUCAAGCAGAGAGACUGAAGGAGGAAGAGGAGUACGGCAAGGGUAGAUAG